GUCUCCUGCCAAGUUGGAGGCUGGACUUGCUCAUUAUUAUUAAUGUUUUUGGAAUGUGCAAGCCUGUCUGCGCUCCACACAAUGUAGAGUUUUUCGGACUGAAACACCACAGGAAAGAAAACUGGGGAGCUUGGAAGAAGCUAAAUAGGGAGAAAGCAAUGGAUCCAUUCACCUGCUUACUAACUGCACUGCUCUUUGUGGGGAUCCAGAGCUGCCCAGAGGUCUGCCGGUGUGUAACAAAGAAGAAAUAUGAGCGCCAUGUUGCAGACUGUUCUUAUCAAGAUCUCCAGGUGGUUCCUCAGGGCCUUUCCUCCAACACCACCACCCUCACCCUGUCUGUCAACCACAUUGCCUCCUUGUGGGAAGAUUCCUUUGCCAACACAGCAAAACUACAAGGUUUAUGGCUAUCCUACAAUGAAAUUGGCACCAUUGCUGAGGGCACCUUUGUUUUUCUGGUACACCUUCGAGCCCUUGAUCUCAGCCACAAUCAGAUUAUGAAUUUCCCCUGGGGAGACCUAUCCAACCUCACCUCUCUGCAACAGCUGAAGCUCAGCAACAACCGCCUGGAGAAGGUCCCACCAGGAGCCUUUCAUUCACUGAAGGAUCUGCGUUCUUUGUGGCUCAGUGACAAUAAGCUGGUUACUCUGUCGGAGGGGACCUUCAGUUCCAUGUCUCAGUUAGCUCAGCUGCAAAUCAACAACAACCCCUUUCACUGCACCUGUAAAAUUUGGUGGCUGGAUGGAUGGCUACAGAGCACCCGGAUUUCAGUUCCAGAGAAGACGCUCAUCACAUGUGCUGCUCCUGAAAAACUGAAAGGUCUCGUUCUUGGGAGAUCCUUGAAGCUGGACUGUGCACUUCCAUUGGUGCAACUGAUUUACCAUUCCAAUCUGGGUGACAAUGGGUUGAAAGAUGGGCUUACACUACAACUGCACUGCAAUGCUGUGGGCAAGCCACCACCAGAGAUCAAGUGGAAAAUCCAGACAGCUGAUCAAAAUGUGGCCAUCAGUGGGCCCAACGUUGAAAGAGAAGAGGAUCUGUUGGCAGACCCUGUGGGUUCCUCACAGAGCAGAGGGCGCUUCCUGGUCUUCAAAAAUGGAUCCAUGGCUGUCACCAAAUUCAGGAAGGCCGAUGAAGGCACUUAUACUUGCCAGGCCCUCAAUGAUGUUGGCUCUCGCGAGGCCUCAGUCCAUGUGGCUUUGGCCAGCUCUGAGAAGCCCACCACUUUCCUCAAGAACCAUCUCCAAGCGAGCAAGAAUCCAAACAAAACUUGUGACAUUGAAGUAGUCCUGAAAUCUGAUGAAAAACUGGUGUUUGUCUACUUGACUCCUGAAGUGCCAAAGACUGUUUGCAGUGGAGGGACUCAAAGCCAGCUGUAUUUCUGGAGCUUAUUUCUGUUCUGCUUGCUUGCCUAUCAUAGCUAAAAUAUUUGCAAUCUGCAA